ACAACAAAGAUAGAUGGGGAUUUAUAGCAAACGCACAAAUUAAGAGGAUCAGUGGAUGGAACCUACCAAAAGUCAAGUUUGGGGUGAUUUUUGCUAAAUAAAGACAGGCUAAGGACUUAGACAUCAAGAGUAGGGGAAUGGGAAUUGGAUUAGAUAUUAAGAAUGGGGAUUCUACCUAGGCUCACUUAGCAGGAUUCUUGCUAAAACUGAGCUCCACAGGCCAAGGACAGGGCCCAAGAACCAGGGCUAGUAGAAAAGAGGGUUCAGAGGAACCUGUCUAAAGUUUGGUCUUUGUCACAGCAACAGAAACAGAGGUUAUUUUUAGAAAACCAAGUAUUACACUCUAUCAUACUGAUCUGCCCCCAAAGUCAUGUACUUCUCCAAGUUCCAGCAGCAGAAUUAGCUGAAACUAACUCUGGCCACAUAUUUAAUUGAAGAUUUUGUCUGCAUUGUGCACAGUGAUAAUUUUGAAGCCCUUAGAGCAGGCUAGGGGAGGGGACACAGUAACCACCAUUCAUGGAGUGCCCACUAUUACUCCAGACGUUACUACCUCUUCUCAUUCUUCUGACAACUGCAAGAGACUCUUCUGGGUUCCCCUUACUGCAGAGGAGGAAAGUGAGGCUUAGCCAAGGCUGUCUCCUUCUCCCCUCCCAAGGAUUAGAAACGCUCCGGCUCUAACGAAGGGCUCCUUUCGGGUAGUCCGGAUACGGUCUCGAUACAGACCUCUCCAGGCUAGGCGAGCGGCAAACCCAUCGUGGGAACCAACGCGGUCCUCAGUUCCUCCAUCGGCUGGAACCGCCCCUUCCCUUCCGCCCCACCCUCGGGCCUGCGCUUGGCGCACGCCGAUGCCGUCCACUACCCAGCUGCCUUGUGGGAAAUGUAGUUCGGUGUCCAGGGGAGGCGGCGGGUGGGACGGCGUUCGGCAGAGGCAGCUCCCACUCAAGCUGGGUGAGGGUGAGGCUCUGCCUCCUCUCCCCACCCAUCUCCUAGGCAGGACCCCACAAGAAGGAAGGAGAAGGCAGUGGAUGCUGGGCCUCUACCAUUGGGAACUCAGACUGGGAGGCAAGACUUGAAUCCAGAGUCAACUCCAGAGCCCAUCAUUACUGAAGAUUUAUCCUAUUGGGUAAUAAUGGAAAAGGAAGGUCUCUGGCAUUCUUCUUUAAGGGAAACCUGGGAACCUGGUAAUUGAUUAGAGGGCCAACAGAAAAACCAGGAUAGACAUCUGGGUCAAGUGGCAGUUACCCAUAAGGGAAAUCUCACGGAGAGGAGGGUAUGUAGAGGUAAUGAAUUUGAAAGAUGUUCCAAUCAGGGUUCAAUCAUUGAUAUACAACUAAGUACUCCUAUGGGGAAAAGGCCCUGUUAUCAGAAUUCACAUGGAAAAGAUAAACAAAAUUCUGAAUUAAUUAAGAUUCAAAGAAUGUUUGUAGGAAAGAAAAUGUAUGAAUGUAAUGAAUGCAGGAAAGCUUUCAGCCAGAGCUCAUCCCUUCUUAAGCACCAGAGGAUUCAUACUGGGGAGAAGCCCUAUAAGUGCAAUGUAUGUGGGAAGCACUUCACUGAACGUUCCUCUCUUACUGUACAUCAAAGAAUUCAUACUGGAGAGAAACCCUACAAAUGUAAUGAAUGUGGCAAAACCUUCAGUCAAAGCAUGAACCUAACUGUUCAUCAAAGAACUCAUACUGGAGAAAAACCCUAUCAGUGUAAAGAGUGUGGAAAAGCUUUCCGAAAGAAUUCAUCCCUUAUUCAACAUGAAAGGAUUCAUACUGGUGAGAAACCCUACAAAUGUAAUGAAUGUGGGAAAGCUUUUACCCAAAGUAUGAAUCUCACAGUGCAUCAAAGAACUCAUACAGGAGAAAAACCCUAUGAAUGUAAUGAAUGUGGGAAAUCUUUCAGUCAAAGUAUGCACCUUAUUGUGCAUCAGAGGAGUCAUACAGGAGAGAAACCCUAUGAGUGUAGUGAAUGUGGAAAAGCCUUCAGUAAGAGCUCAACUCUUACCCUGCAUCAACGAAAUCACACUGGAGAAAAACCCUACAAAUGUAACAAAUGUGGGAAAUCCUUUAGCCAAAGUACAUACCUUAUAGAACAUCAGAGACUUCAUUCUGGAGUAAAACCUUUUGAAUGUAAUCAGUGUGGAAAAGCUUUCAGUAAGAAUUCAUCUCUUACUCAGCAUCGGAGGAUUCAUACUGGGGAGAAGCCUUAUGAGUGUAUCAUUUGUGGAAAGCAUUUUACUGGACGAUCAUCACUUACUGUACAUCGGGUUAUUCACACUGGAGAGAAACCUUAUGAAUGCAAUGAAUGUGGAAAGGCCUUCAGCCAGAGUGCAUACCUUAUUGAGCAUCAAAGAAUUCAUACUGGUGAGAAACCCUAUGAAUGUGAUCAGUGUGGUAAAGCCUUCAUUAAGAAUUCAUCCCUUGUAGUGCAUCAGAGAACUCAUACAGGAGAGAAACCCUAUCGGUGUAGUGAAUGUGGGAAAGCCUUUAGUCGGAGUACAAACCUUACACGGCAUCAGAGAACUCAUACAUGAGGAAAAUUUUCACUGGGAGUUUUGGAAGUCUUAGACCCUGUAUGUCAGUUCUCAGCCAUCUUGGGCAACAAGGCAAUGCGCAAGCGCAGUUCAGACCCAGGCUACAGACUCCAGCUCUUUGUUCUGCGGCGAAGUGGCGAUGGCGAUCUCUCACUGCUGGCAGGGUCUCCUCGGCAACCCAGGGAUGUAUGGCUAAGGUUUGAUUCCAAAGAGAAAAGGGACGACCAGGUAUGGGUUCUUGGAUUUCGGGCUCGAAUCUGCAAGUGCCCUCAGGAGGACGCGGGCAGGGCUUCUGGCGUGCAUCUUAGAGCCGACCCCGGGAAGCCCGAUUACGCCCAGCGGGUAGAUGGUGCUCCCGAUGGGGUUGUGACACUAUAUGUGGAGCCCUCCGAGACGGCAGCAGAGCAGAGGGCGAAGGUCCUACUCUGCUUGUUCCUAAAAGAGCUCAUUAGAGAAGAAAUGGCUUUCAGGCACCUGCCAAACAUGGUCCAGGAAUCAGUGACCUUCAAGGAUGUGGCCGUGCUCUUCACCCAGGAUGAGUGGGCACAGCUGAGUCCUGCUCAGAGGGCCUUGUACAGGGAUGUGAUGCUGGAGAACUACAGCCACCUGGUCUCACUGGGGCUCUUAGGACCCAAACCUGAUCUGUUUGCCCAGCUUGGAAAAGGGGAAGAAUGGACACCAGAAGACGCCUCCCGAGGCUUCUGUCUGGACUGGAUGACUCUCCCUGUGAAUAAGAAAUCUACUCUCAAGGCAGAUAUUCCUGAAGAAGAAUUGGAUCAGUGGAUGAUAAAGGAAAGAUUCACUAGCAAUAGUCACUGGAAAUAUGAUAGCCUACUGGAAUGGCAGCAUGGAGUCCAGGAGAUAAAAUUGCAGAAAAUGGUACUCACUCACCAGAAAAUCUCAUCUGUGGGUAGUGACCAGGAAUGUGAGAGAUCUGGGAAUCGCUGCAUCAUGAGAUCAUCUUUUAUUCAAAGUCAGGUAUUUCAAUCUAGCAAAAAUGCCUUUGAAUGUAGUGAGUGUGGAAAAGUUUUCACUAAGAGUUCAACUCUUAAUAAACAUCAGAAAAUUCAUACUGAAAAACUUAAUUCAAAUCCAAAACCUCUUAUUAGAGAGAAACGGUACAAAUGUAGAGAAUGUGGGAAAGCCUUUCACCAGAGUACACACCUUAUCCAUCACCAAAGAAUUCACACUGGUGAGAAACCAUAUGAAUGUAAGGAAUGUGGCAAGGCCUUCUCAGUGAGCUCCUCACUUACUUAUCAUCAGAAAAUUCACACUGGAGAGAAACCUUUUGAAUGCAACUUAUGUGGAAAAGCUUUUAUCCGAAAUAUACACCUAGCCCACCAUCAUAGAAUACAUACAGGAGAGAAACCUUUUAAAUGUAAUAUAUGUGACAAAGCCUUUGUGUGCAGGGCACAUCUUACCAAACAUCAGAAUAUUCAUAGUGGAGAGAAACCCUAUAAAUGUAAUGAAUGUGGGAAAGCCUUCAACCAGAGUACAAGUUUUCUUCAGCAUCAGAGAAUUCACACUGGAGAGAAGCCCUUUGAAUGUAAUGAAUGUGGAAAGGCCUUCAGGGUGAACUCUUCCCUUACCGAACAUCAGAGAAUUCAUACUGGAGAGAAACCUUAUAAGUGUAAUGAGUGUGGGAAAGCUUUCAGAGAUAAUUCAUCCUUUGCUCGACAUCGGAAAAUUCAUACUGGAGAAAAACCUUACAGAUGUGGUUUGUGUGAGAAAGCCUUUAGGGACCAAUCAGCCCUAGCUCAACAUCAGAGAAUUCAUACUGGGGAAAAGCCUUAUACAUGUAAUAUAUGUGAGAAAGCCUUCAGUGACCAUUCAGCCCUUACUCAACAUAGAAGAAUUCAUACUAGGGAAAAACCUUACAAAUGUAAAAUCUGUGGGAAAGCCUUUAUCCGAAGCACACACCUUACUCAACAUCAGAGGAUUCACACAGGAGAGAAACCCUACAAAUGUAAUAAAUGUGGGAAAGCCUUCAACCAGACUGCAAACCUCAUUCAGCAUCAGAAACAUCAUUUUGGAGAAAAGUGAUAUGAUUGCAGUUUAUGAGGAAGGGCUUUGAGCCUGAGUAUAUGAAUAAUUGAAUUUGAGAGAAUCCAUUCUAGAAAAUAAUCAUGAAAGUUUAUAUUAAGAUAGUCAUUUUAUUUACUGAGAGUCAAGCUUUACAGGAGCGGUUGUCAACCUGUGGGUCACGACCCCUUUGGCGGUCCAACGACCCUUUCACAGGGGUCGCC